AUGACAAGAGAUUUAAAUAUAACCAACCUUUUCAACUUUCAAAUGAGGAAACUAAAAGAAACUGAAAUAAAUUUAGACAAAAUGAAUGCCUUGGUGGCUCUGUCAUUGCAGUUGAUCAUAGUGGAAUUCUUUAUGGAGGUGGCAGCAUCCUUUGUAAUCGUGGUAUCCAGUCGUACCAAACGUCCAUAUAACUUAUUCCUACACAUCCUUCAGGACAUUCUAAACUUGGUGGAUUACAUGAACGUUCAGAUUGUGUUCAUCGAUCACAAGCAACCGCAACGCGUUGAAGGGCCCAGAAGGCAUAAUCUGCUGUUAAUAGAUUCUUAUGAAGCUUUUCUUGACAUUGAUAUGAUCUCCUAUACCAAGGAUUAUGAUGCCAGUGAAUUCUAUCACAUAUUUCUUAUGCAAAAGGAUGAAUUGAUAAACGAACAUAUGCAGAAUAUAUUCAACUAUUGUUGGAGCAAUCAGAUCAUCAAUUGUAAUAUUCAAUUUCAAAAUGCCCGAGGAGACUUGCAUUUGUACACCUAUUUCCCUUUUGAUGAGGUGAAUACUUGUGGCAAUACGCAACCUCAACAUAUCAAUCAAUUUGUCCAAGAUAAUUGGCUGAAUCGACCCUACUUUCUGCCCAAAACCAAUAACUUCUAUGGAUGUCCUCUUUUGGGUGUGAUUCGAUCUGUUGCACCCUAUGUCUACAUAAAUCCCAAUAAGAACGAUACCUACGAGGGCUUCGAAGUGGAGAUGGUUAAGGAAGUGGCAAGAAUUUUAAAUUUUACCUUGGAGCUGAAGCUGGCACUGGCAGAUGAUAGAAGUAAUCCAACCGAAAAUGGAGCUUUAUCUAUGCUUAACAGUCGUUCAGCUGACUUCGUCUUUGGUUAUUAUCGCAAACACUAUUCAUUAUCUCUUCUCUACACCAAUACCAAUCCACACUAUCAAAGCACUGUACUGGCAGUUAUAUGUCUGCGUGCCCACCUCUUUAAUACAUUUCAAGUUUUAUUCUAUCCAUUUCGAAUCUACACAUGGUGCAUCAUAAUUUUUAUGGUCCUACUUUCGCUAAUCAUAACGAAGCUUGCGCAUGCCUAUUUUCCCAAAUCAUUGCCCACUUUUUCGAUGAUAAGCAUAGCCUUUGGCAUACCCAUUAAGGAAAAGCCAAAAUAUUGGUAUUCCCAUCAAAUGUUCACGGCAUGUGUAUGGGGUGCCUUGCUGCUGCGUUCAAUCUACGUGGGUCUGCUGUAUCAUUUCUUUAGCAACGACAUCUAUUUACCCAUGCCCAAGACUCUAGAAAUGGCAACAAAUGGCAGCUAUGCAGCGGUGAGCAAUAUUUUUACAGCUCACGAUCUACAGGAUAUCUCCUAUUUUAAGCAUAAACACCAUGGGGCAACCACCGAUAUUGUCAUCAACUCGACCAAUGAUUUUGUGGCCCUGGAAUAUUUAGAGAAACACACUGAUAGCAAUCUCUAUGCCGUCAUCUCCGAAGAAUUGCUGAUGUACUACAUAGUGGCCAGUGGCAAGAUCAAUCUGUUCUAUGUCAUACCGGAUGUGAUAAUGCAGGAGCAGCUAUGCAUUUAUUUUCCCAAGCACACAAUAUUGGCUGAGAAAUUCGAUGUUGUCAUUUCAAAUCUUCAGUCGAUAGGCUAUCGACUGCUGUGGAAGAAGCGUUUAUUCGAUUCGAAAAUUCUCUCCAAUCUGAAUAGGGAGAAUCUUAAGAUGAUAACGCAGCAAGAUCUCUAUGGAAUCUAUAUAAUAUGUGGCGCAUGUCAUUUGGCAGCAUUGAUGGUUUUACUCUUGGAAAUGUUGUCCAUGAAAAUAGAAGCAUUAAAAAUUAUCUUUAAGUGAAAUAUUGGGUUGCCCAAAAAGUAAUUGCGGAUUUUUCAUAUAGUCGGCGUUGACAAAUUUUUCACAGCU